CGCAAACAUUGUAAACGAAAUUCUAGGAACAUUUUUCCUAGUACGCAUGCGCGCUGUAUUAGAUCCGGGCUCAGAACAGGAUGAAUGCUAACUUCCAAGAUGGCGGCGGAGGGAGGAGGGAAGGAGAUGAACGAAAUUAAAACUCAGUUUACCACCCGAGAAGGUGUUUAUAAACUCCUCCCGCACUCGGAAUAUAGCCGCCCCAAUAGGGUGCCUUUUAAUUCACAGGGAUCUAACCCUGUCAAGGUGUCUUUCGUCAACGUUAAUGACCAGUCCGGUAACGGGGAUAGGAUUUGCUUUAACGUGGGCCGGGAGCUUUACUUCUAUAUCUAUAAAGGCGUCAGGAAGGCAGCUGAUUUAAGUAAACCUAUAGACAAACGAAUUUACAAAGGAACGCAACCUACGUGCCACGACUUCAAUCAUUUAACAGCAACAGCUGAAAGCGUCUCCCUGUUAGUGGGGUUCUCUGCUGGCCAGGUGCAACUUAUAGAUCCUAUAAAGAAAGAAACUAGCAAAUUAUUUAAUGAAGAGAGACUAAUAGACAAGUCCAGAGUAACCUGUGUAAAGUGGGUGCCAGGGUCGGAAAGCCUUUUCCUAGUAGCUCAUUCCAGUGGCAGCAUGUACUUGUAUAAUGUGGAACACACAUGUGGCACUACAGCUCCACAUUACCAGCUACUAAAGCAAGGAGAAAGUUAUACAGUGCACACGUGCAAAAGUAAAUCCACAAGAAACCCUUUGCUUAAAUGGACAGUAGGCGAUGGUGCCCUAAACGAAUUUGCUUUUUCCCCAGAUGGAAAGUUUUUUUCGUGUGUAAGCCAGGAUGGCUUUCUUCGCGUGUUUAACUUUGAUUCUGUGGAACUUCAUGGUACAAUGAAAAGUUAUUUUGGUGGACUUCUUUGUGUAUGUUGGAGCCCAGAUGGAAAAUAUAUUGUAACAGGUGGUGAGGAUGAUUUAGUGACAGUAUGGUCUUUUGUUGACUGUCGAGUGAUAGCUAGAGGUCACGGACAUAAGUCAUGGGUCAGCGUUGUAGCAUUUGACCCCUAUACAACUAGUGUAGAAGAAAAUGAUCCAUUGGAAUUCAGUGGCAGUGAUGAAGACUUUCAAGACCAAAUUCAUUUUGGCAGAGAUCGAGCAAAUAGUACUCAGUCUAGGUUAUCCAAAAGGAAUUCUACAGACAGUCGGCCUGUUAGUGUUACUUAUAGGUUUGGCUCUGUAGGUCAGGACACGCAACUUUGUUUGUGGGACCUUACAGAAGAUAUUCUUUUUCCACAUCAGCCUCUCUCAAGAGCCAGGACGCACACAAAUGUUAUGAAUGCCACAAGUCCACCACCAGGAAGUGGUGUUACUAACCCAGGAAGUAAUGGAAACAGUAUAUCAUCACCUGGGAACCCCAUACCUCCUACGCUUCCUCGUUCCAACAGCCUCCCUCAUUCUACAGUAACAAACUCCAAUAACAAAAGCAACAUAAUGGAUGGUACCAUUGCUUCUGGUGUCAGUAAAUUUGCUACACUUUCACUACAUGAUCGGAAGGAGAGGCAUGACAAAGAUCACAAAAGAAACCAUAGUAUGGGGCACAUUUCCAGUAAAAGUAGUGACAAACUGAAUCUAGUUACUAAAACAAAACUGGACCCAGCUAAAACUUUGGGAACCACCAUGUGCCCCAGAAUGGAAGAUGUUCCUUUGUUAGAACCUCUUAUCUGUAAAAAGGUAGCACAUGAAAGACUUACUGUGUUAAUUUUUCUUGAAGACUGUAUAGUCACUGCCUGUCAAGAGGGAUUUAUUUGCACAUGGGCAAGGCCUGGUAAAGUGGGUUUAUUGGCAUCCCAAAACCAGGCCAAUUCUCCAAGUGGGACUGUAGUAUAGUCAUCACACUACUGCUAGCAAAGUUCACCACAGGACAAGAAGUAAUGACAGUGGAGCCCAGUAGCUGUUCUUCAGCCACAGAACAUUAACUGUUUUAAAAGAACUGUCUAGAUCACGAUUCUGUUCUAUGAUGUAUAGUAAGUUACUGGCAAGUUAUUGAGAACAUAUACUGAAAUGGGUUUAUUUUUUGACAACUCAUCUACGCUGCUAAUACUAAGAAGGAUAUAUUAUGUGACUUUCAUUGGUGUUGCAGCACAGAACUGAAAGGAAAGGCGAGCACUGCAAUCUUAGUUUUUGGUUUAAACUUUCAGGUUUAAUGUAAUUUAAUCCUUUAUGUAGUACACAGAUUCUCUAAACAAGCCCAGUAAAUUAGAUGGUCAUAUAAAUUAGUAUCUUGCCAUUGUGUAUUUUGCACUGAUUUUUCCUAUUAUUUUAAACUGAACUGGUUUGAAGACAGCCUGGAAUGCACUCUUGGAGAAGGAAAGUCAUUACUUUCUGGAUUGAAAUUGAAAUUCAGGAAGAUGGAUGCUGCAAUCAUAGAUUUUUAUUAAAAAUUGCACUUAAAUAGUUUAUUGCUAAUAGAAAAUGACUUUAAAUUGAUGUACAAAGACUCACAGAAAAGCUGUGUUGAGGAGAGAGAAUAUCCUUUGUAUCUAUUAAACGUUUAUUUUAAUAUUGUUGUUUUCCAAUUGCAAUCAGCUCUGUAUUAUAUGUAUAAAUAUUGUAAUUCAGUGAUUGGUGGGGCAAUGAUUAAUCAUUACACUAGUCAAAGGUUCAUCAUCAUUUAAGAAAAAAAUAGCAUUAUUUCUAAUUCAAGAGUUAUACAUAGUAAUAUUAAAAAGAAUCUUGAAUAUCAGUUUGUUUAUUUACUUUCUGUUGUAAAAAUGGAUCACUUUGAUGUAAUUAAUCUUUUGUUGAAUUAAAUGUUUGUUACAGGAAACAAUUGUAUAAAAUAUUUCUUGGAAGAAGAGUUACAGAUCUUUUCCAUCUUAAAUAUUUUUGUGGUUGAACAGAGAAGUGUAAAGAAUAUAAAUCUGAAAUAUAUUGAUUUGUAAUAUAAAAAAUUUCUAUCUUCUGCGUUUAAAUGAAAAUCUGUUUUGUGCAUGUCAUUAUAGCCAAGGAUGAAAUUGUCUUCCACAUUUUUGAUGGGUGCAUAGUUUAUACUUCGCUUUGUAUAAAUGCAGUCAUUUGAAUAUAAGCCAAAAAUAACAUUGUAUUUUAUUAAGUAGAAACAACUGUGACACAACAGAUUUGGUUUUAAUUUAAAGAAACAGAUCUGAGGCUAAAACAUAAGUCAAAUAUAAAACCAUUUGUCCUUA